AGGGCAGGGCAGGGCAGGGUGGCGGCUCUCUGGCCGCUGGGGGCGGCUGCAGGCUGCGGGGCGCCCCGCCGGCCCCGGGCACAUCGAGCCGCGCCUGGGAGAGCGGCGGCGGCGGCCCCGCAGAUCAUCUGCAGGAUGUUGAAGAGACUGCAUCUCAUGUAAAAAUCUAGGAAGUCUUCAGGGACUGCUUCCCCGGGAGGAAGAUGAAUUGUGAAUAGUAUCUAGGAAGUGAGUGGAUUUUUCCUUCUGUCUUCCUGACAAAUGCACCAAGUUUCUGAGAAACACAAACUGUUUUUUCUGAAGUUGUUGAGGCUGAUAUGAGCAGAGUGGAGGACAAAUUUUCUUAGCCCUACAAAGCCACCUGGUAUUUGAAAUGCUGAAAAGGAAACUACGGUUUUGCCACAACUCAUGCUUCAGGCUUUUCUUGGGUCUAACUCUGAUUUUAGUAAUCGUUUCAGUUUUGAAAGUUAACCAGAAACCAAACUUCUUAAAUCGGAGACAUCUAGAGCUGACUAAGGAAGACCCUACUGGCAAUAUUAACUGCACCAAGAUAAUAGAGGGUGAUAUAGAAGAAAUUCAAAAGGUGAAGCUUGAGACAUUAUCAAUAUCAUUUAAGAAGCGCCCCAAACUGACAGCCAAUGACUAUAUUAAUAUGACAGCAGACUGUGCCUCUUUCACUAAGAUGAGGAAAUACAUUAUGGAACCUCUCAGCAAUGAAGAAGCAGAAUUUCCAAUUGCUUACUCAAUAGUGGUUUAUCACAAAAUCGAGAUGCUUGAUAGACUUCUAAGAUCUAUCUAUGCUCCUCAGAAUUUUUACUGCAUCCAUGUAGACAGAAAGUCUCCAGAAUCCUUUUUUACCGCUGUGAAGGGAAUAGUCUCAUGUUUUGAUAAUGUCUUUAUUUCCAGCCAGUUAGAGAGUGUUGUAUAUGCUUCAUGGAGCAGGGUGCAGGCAGAUAUUAAUUGCAUGAAAGAUCUCUACAGAAGAAGUUCAAACUGGAAAUACCUAAUAAACCUCUGUGGCAUGGACUUUCCUAUAAAGACCAACCAGGAAAUAGUAGAGAAAUUGAAAGCCCUUAAAGGUGAAAACAGCUUGGAGACAGAAAAAAUGCCUGUUUAUAAAGAAGUAAGGUGGAAAAAACACUAUGAGAUUAUUGAUGGUAAGGUAAAGAACACAGGUAUAGACAAACAACUGCCACCUCUCAAUACUCCAAUUUUUUCUGGUAGCGCCUAUUUUGUAGUUAGCAGAAGAUUUGUAGAACAUAUAUUAGAAAGCAGCAAAAUCCUCAAAUUUAUUGAGUGGGCAAAAGACACUUACAGCCCUGAUGAAUACCUGUGGGCAACGAUUCAGAGAAUCCCUGAAGUGCCCGGUGCUGUUUCUUCUAGUGACAAGUACGACGUUUCUGAUAUGAAUGCACUGGCCAGGUUUGUCAAAUGGCAGUACUUUGAAGGAGAUGUGUCUAAAGGUGCACCCUACCCACCAUGCAGCGGAGUUCAUGUUCGGUCUGUCUGUGUGUUUGGGGUAGGAGAUCUGAAAUGGAUGCUGCGAAACCACCACUUCUUUGCUAAUAAGUUUGAUACUGAUGUCGACCCUUUUGCAGUGAAAUGUUUGGAAGAAUAUUUACGACAUAAAGCUUUGUAUCUGCAAAAGAACUGAAAUACUGCACUCUCCAGUUAUGAAACCUAAGUACAAAUAAUAUACAGUACAAAUAAUAUACUACUUUAACAUGCAACACUGGUGGUGGUGGUGGUGCUGAUAAUGGCUAUGAUGGUUAUCACCACAUUGGUGUGGUGGUGACAAGGCCCUGCCUGGUCCAUGGACAAGAUGGAGAGAAGACAUACCUCUGAAGAUGAGGAUGCCUUGUGUUACACCCUGAGUGUUGGAACUUGGGUACAAAAUCAAAGAUGGCAGAUUUUGGAAGCUCAACUAUUUCAAAUAUUUAUUAUAUAAAUAUGUGUUAUGGUGUGAUUAAUGGGCUUCCUUUGGCUAAACAACUUGUUUGAAGACCUGGAAAUGAUAUUUUUUUCAUGGUUAUUUCUGAUUUUUUUUUUUUUUCCCAUGAAUAUAAUGCUAGCUGUAAAAGAAAGUGAGGAGAAAAAAGGGAGAAGAAGCAGUGGGACUGCACAAAGUUCAUAUUGAGUGCUGGAAGAUCUCAGGAAAUUAACAUGGGAACUGAUUUGAAAAGUAAACAAAAGGGGAUAUACCAAAGCCAAGUGUCAUCAUUUAACUUAAAUAUGAUUGCUGCAGUUCUGCAAUAUGUAAUUCUUAAUCCUCCUGGAAACUUCAUCUUCAGCAUGGAGUAUUAAGGACUUGUAUUCCUAUUUUUGUAGCAAAAUCUUGCUUUUGUAAUCUUAAGCCUUCCCUGAUAAUGUGAUAUGAAGUUUAUCUACUAGUUCCUAGUUAUAUCAUCUCAGGAAAACUUCAUUUUUGUGCCUGAUGAGAGUUAGACUUGUAAUUUUACACUUACUGUAUCACAAGUCUUACUUCUGAAUCCAGAAUGACUCAAGUUUCUCAAAAACUUAAAAGAAGAAUUGCAGUAGUGUACAAAUGUUACUGAUGGAACUGCGGGUUUCUGCUUUCUGUCAGGCUCAACUUAAAAUCCAGAUACUUUUAACACUAAGUAUGCAAAAAUAAAGUUAUUUUUCUAAAUG